AUGUUUGCUGUCAUUAUAUCGCAGCUCUACAUAAUAUUUUUACUUUUACUCGUUAACAAGAUCCUCCUCCUCGUGUACAAAUCAUACAACAUCGACUUCGACCUCGUUCCAAUCAUCGGUGGAAACCAUGCGCUUGAAGCUCCUGAUGGUACCAAACUAGAGCAUUUCUUGUCCUGGGUUCAAUGUCUACCUGAUCGCGAACCACCUGCAUGGCUAAGCCUUCCUCCGACCGCAGAGCGUGUUAUUGCUGUAGCGCAAGUUAAUGAGCUGCUUAACAAAUUGCGCAAGAUGCGGACUCUAGUAGAUGAUGACGAGCUCGGGAGUGCCGCUAAUCCCUCGAAAAGCCAGACCUUCACGAGCGAUGCCGUGAGUGGCUUACGUAACUACACUGAAUACUCUGCCAAAGCAAUCCAAUGA